UGUUUAUCUCUCUUUCCUAAAGAUGACAAAGAUUGCUAUCGUGAAUGAAGAUGGGCUAGAUGCUGUUAAGUCCGAUAUGAAGGAGGUGUUGGGCCAGCAUGUCUUCAGUAUACAGAAGAGUGCCCUCAAGGACAACAGCUCACUUUUCACAACAGACUAUGAAAUCACCAAACAGAAUAUUACUCAAACGAACAGAUUUAGUGGUAUUCAAUGUGAAUCAGUUGAAGUAAGAUCGUUAGCAGAAUUAGAGAGGAAUCAACAAGCACAACAAAAGUCAACAGAAAAACCUAAGGUAAAUGGAUUUGGCAAUCAGAAUGCUUCAAGUACGUCAUCCAAGACGACAUCGUCGUCUUCGUCAGCGUCACAGAAGUCAAAACCCAAGAAGGGCUCAAUCGAAGCCAGCUUUGCCUCGCAAGCAACAAAAAGCAAAACUCAGGAUUCCAAGAAUGAAAAGAAAGAUCCACCUGUCAAAGAAAAGAAGAAGGUAGAGGAGAAACCAAAGCCAAAGGGUAUGCUGGCAUUCAUGAGUCAAAAGAAAAAGGAGGAAUCGCCUCCAACGUCGUCAGGACCCGCUGGAGAUUCACAGAAAGACAAGAAGAGUCCAAUCAAGGAAGAAAAAGACGAGGAGGUGGAUGUAGAAGUCAACAGGAAAGAGAAAACAGAGGUCAAAGGUGGAAGGUCACAGAGGUCACAUCAGGCAGACAAAAAGAAGAAGAGAUUAGAUCUUUCAGAUUCAGAGUCAGAUGAUGAAAGGCAGAAGAAAACGGUUGCUAGGAAACGAAGGCGGAUCCUCCAGCAGGAAGACAGUAGCAGCGAAGAGGAGGAGGAUGAGGAGGAACAAGAUGACAUGGAUGAUAGCCCUAUUCCACCAACCCCGCCUCCUGUGGCACAGGCUCUCCAAUCAGAUGAGGAGGAUGAAGCCACGCCCCCAUCAAAGGGCCAAUCAGAGGAGAGGUCAUCGACCGGGAGGAGGAGAAUCAGGAAGAGAGUACUGAAAAGCAAAGUCACUGUUGAUGAAGAGGGAUGUAUGGUCACAGAGAAGGUAUGGGAGAGCGAAUCCACCGAUGCAAGCGACGACGACGUCCCUCCACCGGCACAGAAACCCAAACCACAACCAAAAAAAGAGAGCAGAGAUUCUGAUGAGGAAGAUGACAAGAAAGGAAAGAAAGGAAAAGGAAAGAAGAGCUCGCCACCGAGCAGUAAAGGAAAACAGUCUUCCCUGAUGAGCUUCUUCAAGAAGAAAUGAUCAAUAAAAACAUUAGUGAUUUCUAACAUUGAGAGAGACAAAGAAGUGAGAUUCAUACACAGGGGUUUGCAGAGACACUAAACUUUCAAGACCAUAGUGGAGAUUUUGCAAUGUUUGUUCAGGAUUGUCCAAACGAUGCUCAAAGUGACUCAGGAGAAAAUACUCUGGAACUUGUUCUUGACAUCGUUAAUACUUUGUGUGAAGUAUUCUACGAGCCUCCUCUGU